ACUCUUCAUUGUUCAGCCACUUGAAACACAACCCUCCAAUGCCCGCCUUCUCCCCCUAGCAAGAUGUCUCCUCCAUCUCUUCUCUCCCAUGACAGAUACAACCCCAACGCCAAACCUAAAACAGAGACAGCGAGCCAUGCCCCCACCCCAUAACUCCACAUUCUCCAUCCACCGCUGCUUUCGAAACUCCAAUUUUCAAAAUUUGCCCCCCAAGUCUUUUCCCACAACCGCCGGCGAUAGAAGCGAAGAUGAUACACAAUCCUCCACGCCGCUCGCCGACGAUCUAUUCCGAUCUCCCCGACGCUCCGGGGGCUACACCCAAGGUGAUGCUUCCUAUCUCUCUCUCGUUCGUUUCUACUCCGAUCCCCCCAACAUUCCUGCCCUCCGUGCACUCCUCAAUCGAAUGCGCUCCGAUCGCCGUCCCUUCCCCGAACGCUUGUUUCCCCCAAUCAUCCGUGCAUUUGGCCGCGCCGGACUCCCCUUUGAAGCUCUCCACCUGUUCGACGAAAUGCUCCCCUCCUUCCAGUGCACCCCUUCCACCUUCUCCCUCAAUUCCGUCCUCUCAUCCGUCGUCUCAUCCCCAGACUCCUCCUCCCUUGCCUUCCCAUUCUUCCGCCGCGCCAUCCGCGUCCAUCACUCCCUCAACCCCAACCUUCUCACCUUCAAUCUCAUUCUUAAAUCACUCUGCUCACCCCCUUCCCCUUCCCUCCCCCUCGCCCUCCACCUCUUCCGCUCCAUCCCCCCUCGUGGCCUCCGCCCCGAUGCUUACACCUACACCACCCUCAUCGCAGCCCUCAGCCGCACCAGCCGCCUUGACGACGCCUUUGCCCUUCUCGACGAGAUGCAGCUCGAUGGCGUCGCCCCUGCAUCCGCCACCUUCAACUCUCUCCUACACGCCAUCCUCCGCACCGGCGAUCUCCGUCGUGCCGCUAAUCUCGCCCGCUAUAUGCUCCUCAAGGGCUGCCCGCCCACUCUCGCCACCUACAACACCCUCGUCCAUGGCCUCUGCCGCCAUGCCCGCCUCGAAGAAGCGCUCGCCCUCAUUGACCGUAUGGUCCUCCGCGACGGCCUCGUACCGAACGAGGUCACUUAUGGCGCUCUGGUUGACGGCCUCGUCAAGCUGGGCCGCAUUGUCGACGCCCGCAGGGUGUUCGACGUUAUGCGUGAGAGGGGAGUUCGGGCUAACGAGGCCGUGCGAUCCGACGGUACCGAAGAGGCGAUGAAUCUUUGGGCGGUGAUGAUAUCCGAUGGUGUCAAGCCCAACGAGGUCCUCUACACCGCGCUUGUUGAUGGGCUCGCUCGGCACCAGAAGGUCGCCGAGGCGGAGGACGUGAUCGCUAAAAUGACCGCGGGAGGCUGCAAUCCUAACGUGCGCACCUUCAGCGCGCUCAUGUGGGGCCAUUUCAGGUCCGGUAAUAGCCAUCAGGCGCUUGCCACGUGGACCAAGAUGGUCCGCUGUGGCUGUGAACCCAACCAAGUGAGCUACAGCAUUUUGAUCAAUGGGCUCUGUGGGGAGGGUAAGGUGAAGGAGGGUAUGAUGGUAUGGAAGAACAUGGUAAGCCGGGGUUGCACCCCCGAUGUGAUGGCCUACACGGCGAUGAUCCGAGGGCUGUGCAUAGCCGGGAAUGUGGAUGCAGGGCUCAGAUUGUUCUACGAUAUGAUGGCCCGUGGCGAUGCGGAACCGGACGCGGUGGCGUAUAAUGCACUGUUUGAUGGGUUGAUUAAGGCCGAUAGGUUAAUCCAAGCCUUUGAUUUGUUGAGUUCGAUGUUAGAGAGAGAUUGUGACCCAGAUGAGGUCACGUGCAAUAUAUUUCUGAAGGGGUUGAGGUGGGGGGAGGAGGAGAAGGGGAGGGAGUUGAUGGAAGGGAUGAUUGUGAGAAUGGUGAGGAGAGGGAGAAUUAAUGGUGCGGCUUAUAUUGUUUUAUUGAUGUGUAAGAAGUACAUGUUCCCAAGGAGUGAAAUUUGGGAGAAGAUGGUGAGUUCGUUUUGUAAUAUGAAGAAAGUGAGGGUUGUAAUUGAUAAGAUUUUUGGUAUAAUCUCAUGUAGAAAUGAUUUAUGA